CUGCGGGGCGCCGGGGCGGGGCGCGCGGAAAAGAGCCUCGGGCCAGGAGCGCAGGAACCAGACCGUGUCCCGCGGGGCUGUCACCUCCGCCUCUGCGCCCCGACCCGGCCAUGCGCGGCCUCGGGCUCUGGCUGCUGGGCGCGAUGAUGCUGCCUGCGAUUGCCCCCAGCCGGCCCUGGGCCCUCGUGGAGCAGUAUGAGGUCGUGCUGCCGCGGCGUCUGCCAGGCCCCCGAGUCCGCCGAGCUCUGCCCUCCCACUUGGGCCUGCACCCAGAGAGGGUGAGCUACGUCCUUGGGGCCACAGGGCACAACUUCACCCUCCACCUGCGGAAGAACAGGGACCUGCUGGGCUCCGGCUACACGGAGACCUAUACGGCUGCCAAUGGCUCCGAGGUGACGGAGCAGCCUCGUGGGCAGGACCACUGCUUCUACCAGGGCCACGUAGAGGGAUACCCGGACUCAGCCGCCAGCCUCAGCACCUGUGCCGGCCUCAGGGGUUUCUUCCAGGUGGGGUCAGACCUACACCUGAUCGAGCCCCUGGAUGAAGGUGGCGAGGGCGGACGGCACGCCGUGUACCAGGCUGAGCACCUGCUGCAGACGGCCGGGACAUGCGGGGUCAGCGACGACAGCCUGGGCAGCCUCCUGGGACCCCGGACGGCAGCCGUCUUCAGGCCUUGGCCCGGGGACUCUCUGCCAUCCCGAGAGACCCGCUACGUGGAGCUGUAUGUGGUCGUGGACAAUGCAGAGUUCCAGAUGCUGGGGAGCGAAGCAGCCGUGCGUCAUCGGGUGCUGGAGGUGGUGAAUCACGUGGACAAGCUAUAUCAGAAACUCAACUUCCGUGUGGUCCUGGUGGGCCUGGAGAUUUGGAAUAGUCAGGACAGGUUCCACGUCAGCCCCGACCCCAGUGUCACACUGGAGAACCUCCUGACCUGGCAGGCACGGCAACGGACACGGCGGCACCUGCAUGACAACAUACAGCUCAUCACGGGUGUCGACUUCACCGGGACCACCGUGGGGUUUGCCAGGGUGUCUGCCAUGUGCUCCCGCAGCUCAGGGGCUGUGAAUCAGGACCACAGCAAGAACCCCGUGGGCGUGGCCUGCACCAUGGCCCAUGAGAUGGGCCACAACCUGGGCAUGGACCAUGAUGAGAACGUCCAGGGCUGCCGCUGCCGGGAACGCUUCGAGGCCGGCCGCUGCAUCAUGGCGGGCAGCAUUGGCUCCAGUUUCCCCAGGAUGUUCAGUGACUGCAGCCAGGCCUACCUGGAGAGCUUUUUGGAGCAGCCGCAGUCGGCCUGCCUCGCCAACGCCCCUGACCUCAGCCACCUGGUGGGCGGCCCCGUGUGUGGGAACCUGUUUGUGGAGCGUGGGGAGCAGUGCGACUGCGGCCCCCCCGAGGACUGCCGGAACCGCUGCUGCAACUCUACCACCUGCCAGCUGGCUGAGGGGGCCCAGUGUGCGCACGGUACCUGCUGCCAGGAGUGCAAGGUGAAGCCGGCUGGUGAGCUGUGCCGUCCCAAGAAGGACAUGUGUGACCUCGAGGAGUUCUGUGACGGCCGGCACCCUGAGUGCCCGGAAGACGCCUUCCAGGAGAACGGCACGCCCUGCUCCGGGGGCUACUGCUACAACGGGGCCUGUCCCACACUGGCCCAGCAGUGCCAGGCCUUCUGGGGGCCAGGUGGGCAGGCUGCCGAGGAGUCCUGCUUCUCCUACGACAUCCUACCAGGCUGCAAGGCCAGCCGGUACAGGGCUGACAUGUGUGGCACUCUGCAGUGCAAGGGUGGGCAGCAGCCCCUGGGGCGUGCCAUCUGCAUCGUGGAUGUGUGCCACGCGCUCACCACAGAGGAUGGCACUGCGUAUGAACCAGUGCCCGAGGGCACCCGGUGUGGACCAGAGAAGGUUUGCUGGAAAGGACGUUGCCAGGACUUACACGUUUACAGAUCCAGCAACUGCUCUGCCCAGUGCCACAACCACGGGGUGUGCAACCACAAGCAGGAGUGCCACUGCCACGCGGGCUGGGCCCCGCCCCACUGCGCGAAGCUGCUGACUGAGGUGCACGCAGGUAGGCCUCCCUGGCCAGCGCAGGUGGGGCUGGGGUCCAAGCUCAGAGGGCCCGAACAGAGCCCAGGCAGAAGCCGCGGGCCCAGGAAGCUGGUGGUGUUCGCGGUGCCAGUUUGCUGCCACAGGCAUCGACACACAGCGUCCGGGAGCCUCCCCGUCUUCGUGGUGGUGGUUCUGGUGCUCCUGGCAGUUGUGCUGGUCACCCUGGCAGGCAUCAUCAUCUAUCGCAAAGCUCGGAGCCGCAUCCUGAGCAGGAACGUGGCUCCCAAGACCACAAUGGGGCGCUCCAACCCCCUGUUCCACCAGGCUGCCAGCCGCAUGCCGGCCAAGGGCGGGGCUCCAGCCCCAUCCAGGGGCCCCCAAGAGCUGGUCCCCACCACCCACCCGGGCCAGCCCGCCGGACACCCGGCCUCCUCGGUGGCUCUGAAGAGGCCGCCCCCUGCUCCUCCGGUCACUGUGUCCAGCCCACCCUUCCCAGUUCCUGUCUACACCCGGCAGGCACCAAAGCAGGUCAUCAAGCCGACGUUCGCGCCCCCAGUGCCCCCAGUCAAACCCGGGGCUGGUGCGGCCAACCCUGGUCCAGCUGAGGGUGCUGUUGGCCCAAAGGUUGCCCUGAAGCCCCCCAUCCAGAGGAAGCAAGGAGCCGGAGCUCCCACAGCACCCUAGGGGGGCACCUGCGCCUGUGUGGAAAUUUGGAGAAGUUGCGGCAGAGAAGCCAUGCGUUCCAGCAUUCCACGGUCCAGCUAGCGCCGCUCAGCCCUAGACCCUGCCUUUGCAGGCUCAGCUGCUGUUCUAACCUCAGGAAUGCAUCUACCUGAGAGGCUCCUGCUGUCCAUGCCCUCAGCCAAUUCCUUCUCCCCGCCUUGGCCACAUGUAGCCCCAGCUGUCUGCAGGCACCAGGCUGGGAUGAGCUGUGUGCCUGUGGGUGCGUGUGUGUGUACGUGUCUCCAGGUGGCCGCUGGUCUCCCCCUGUGUUCAGGAGGCCACAUAUACAGCCCCUCCCAGCCACACCUGCCCCUGCUCUGGGGCCUGCUGAGCCGGCUGCCCUGGGCACCCGGUUCCAGGCAGCACAGACGUGGGGCAUCCCCAGAAAGACUCCAUCCCAGGACCAGGUUCCCCUGCGUGCUCUUCGAGAGGGUGUCAGUGAGCAGACUGCACCCCAAGCUCCCGACUCCAGGUCCCCUGAUCUUGGGGCCUGUUUCCCAUGGGAUUCAAGAGGGACAGCCCCAGCUUUGUGUGUGUUUAAGCUUAGGAAUCGCCUUUAUGGAAAGGGCUAUGUGGGAGAGUCAGCUAUCUUGUCUGGUUUUCUUGAGACCUCAGAUGUGUGUUCAGCAGGUCUGAAAGCUUUUAUUCUUUAAUAAUGAGAAAUGUAUAUUUUACUAAUAAAUUAUUGACCGAG